AAGCUGCUAAUGCUAACAUGUUUGCCCUUUGGAGCUCUCACAUUCCUCAAUUGUCUUCACCAUGGCUCUCCUAGACUCCAUUGAGCAUUUCCUUGCCACUCCGAUUCUCUUCGUCUACCAAAUCCUCCAAUGGGCCAUCGAUAAACUGCUUUCUCCUGCCCCUCCUCCCCCAAAUGCACAUCUUAGCAGACCUAAAAUCGCGAUCAUUGGAGCUGGCCUCACUGGUGUUUCGGCAGCGUCUCACUGCGUCGGCCAUGGAUUUGACUGCAGGAUAUUUGAAUCUGGAAGUCGAAAGGCCCUCGGAGGAAUAUGGAGUAAAGUGAACAACACCUCCGGCCUCCAAAUCCACAGCAUUAUGUACCGCUUCCAUCCUUCGAUCAAAUGGAACAAAGGAUACCCCAAUCGCCAGCAGAUCGUCAGCCAAGUCACAGAACUUUGGGAGCGUUACGGUCUGGAGUCGAAGACGAAGUUCGAUACCAAGGUCGACAAGGUAUACAAAGACUCUGAUGGCCGCUGGAUUAUCAACGACCCCGCCAACGGCUACUUCGAUGGUGUCAUUGCUGCCAUUGGCACUUGUGGUGAUCCAAAAAUGGCCCACAUUCAUGGAGAGAGCAACUUCAAGGGAGAAAUCUACCACUCUUCGCAGCUUGAUGGCAAGAGUGCUAAAGGGAAGAAGGUUGUGAUCAUAGGCGGCGGCGCGUCAGCCGUCGAAGCCCUCGAAUUCGUUGCCCACGAAGAUGCUGCCCACACUGAUGUUCUUGCCCGCUCCGAAAAAUGGAUCAUCCCACGCAACCCACUCGUCGACGCCCUUCUCUCCCUCAACAUCUUCGGCAUGGAAACUCUCACAAGCUGGAUCCCCGAGACCCUCCUCCGAAAGCUCUUCUACCGCGACCUCGCCUCUAUCUCUCCACCGCCAGGCACCAAAGGCAUCUUCACCGACACGCCCAUGGUCAACAGCGACGUGCUAGACCUCGUCCGCGCCGGCAAAGCGACCUGGCUACGCGGCGACAUCCACUCCUUCACCGAGACCGGGCUAAAAUUCACCCAGCGCAGCCAGGGCGUCCCUAAAGGCGGGCCAGGCCGCGAUAUGGUCGUCGACGCUGACAUCGUCAUUCUUGCAACCGGCUACCAACGGCCCUCGCUCAACUUCCUGCCCGACGACUGCUUCGAGGAUCCCUAUCAGCCGCCGAACUGGUACUUGCAGGUGUUUCCGCCUGCACAUGUCGACGUGUGCUGUAACAACUGUACCUACGUUAACGCCAUUGGCACCGUCGGUAACUACCAUAUUGGCAUCUAUACUCGGCUGCUGCUGGCAUACCUGGUUGAUCCGCUAGCGAGGCCGCGGGAGCCGCUUAUGAAGAAGUGGAUCGAUAUGACGCGCUGGAUCAAGACUAAAGCACCUGGUGGCGCGUUCGACUUCUUUACGUAUGGCGAGCUGCUUUACUGGUUUGCAUUCACCGUUGCGAUCAACCCGUUUCGAUGGAAGUGGGCUCUCUUUGUCUUCUUUGGCAUUGGUGAUGCACUGCCGAAGCAUAUCGUGAGACGCGAGGACCAGAUCAGGAAUGGAUUGGGCUCGAAGGCUCAUUGAAGGGGCGGUCUGCGAAACAUUACGACGACAUUCGUCGAUAUGACUUAGCGAGCGUUAGCGAGAGCCAGGAGGUAAAGUAAUGAUUUCUAUGGUAGAUAAUAGACAAAACACUUUCAAACUCUUUGGGCCCCGCCUUCUUAGCUCGUUCAAAUUGUUUGAGGUCUACUUCUUACACACUUCCAAUUUUCCUAGGCCUGUCACGACCACCUUAGCAUCAUGAACGCCUUUCCUUUUCCUGGCUCUAUUCGCGGCCUUGUCAGCCUUCACAUUCCCUAUCACACCCUGGUGCCCUGGCACCCAUCGGAAUUC